AUGUCGGUCCUCGAACAGUUCAUUGACGAUGCCACAUUGGUCGCUUCUGCCCCUUCCCUUCCUGUUCUGCCGUUCUGCUUUGGUGCCAAGGCGAAGGUUUUCCCGGACGAUGCUGCUGUCGCUAACUUUGAGAAAUCUGACUGGUCGCCAUCCCUGUCCUCGACCCUGUACAGGGUUGAUGGGUGGGGCCCACCCUACUUCUCCGUCAGCUCCUCCGGCAACAUCUCGAUCCUCCCCCAUGGAAAGGAGACAAUGCCUUCCCAGGAGAUUGACCUCUUGGAGAUCACGAAGAAAGUAACUGAGCCCGUGUCCUCGGGUGGCCUAGGGUUAUGCCCGCCUUUCAUUGUGCGGUUCCCUGAGAUGCUCAAGCAUCGGCUCGAGUCCCUGCAGUCGGCUUUUGACUCAGCUAUUGCAUCUCAGGUCUAUGGGGCGACCUACCAAGGAGUAUUCCCCGUGAAAUGCAACCAAGACAGAUUCAUUAUUGAGGAUAUUGUGAAGUUCGGGUCGCCGUUCAGGUUUGGACUGGAAGCCGGUUCAAAACCGGAGCUACUCCUCGCAAUGCAUUGCUUAUGCAAAGGUUCCUCCGAGGCAUUGCUGGUUUGCAAUGGGUUCAAGGACUCGGAGUACAUUUCUCUUGCACUUAUCGCAAGGAAGCUUGCUUUCAACACGGUGGUCGUGUUCGAGCAAGAGGAAGAGCUUGACCUAGUGAUUGAACUGAGCAAGAAGCUCGACAUUAGGCCCGUUGUUGGUGUGCGGGCGAAGCUGAGGACCAGGCACUCAGGCCAUUAUGGAUCGACCUCAGGUGAGAGGGGCCAGUUUGGGCUUACCACGACACAGAUACUACGCAUCGUGAAAAAACUCGAGCAAGAAGGGAUGCUAGACUGCCUGCAACUGCUGCAUUUCCACAUUGGUUCCCAGAUCCCUACAACUGCAGUUGUUGCCGAUGGGGUCUCCGAGGCAGCUCAAAUUUAUUGCGAACUUGUUAGGCUCGGAGCAAACAUGCGAGUUGUCGACAUCGGGGGAGGACUCGGCAUUGACUAUGAUGGAAGCAAAGCUUCUAACUCCGAUGUUUCCGUUAGCUACACGCUAGAAGAAUACACUGAAACCGUUGUCAAAACCCUCCGCUCCAUCUGCGACAAAAGAUCCAUUACGCAUCCGGUGAUUUCCAGCGAGAGCGGCCGAGCCACCGUGUCCCAUCACACAGUUCUGAUCUUUGAGGUGUUCAAUUCAAGCUCACGCGAUUCAAACGCAGCUGAGUCGUCUCUUCUUGAGCAGCAGCGUUUCCUUGAUGGCCUUCAAGCAGAUGCACGCGCCGAGUACAUGAACCUGUUCUCCGCAGCCAUGAGGGGUGAUAACAACACAUGCCUGCUCCACGCCAACCAGUUGAAGCAGCACUGCAUUCGCCGGUUCAAGCAGGGGGCCUUGUCUAUCGAGCAGCUGGCAGAAGUCGACGGGUUGCACCUCAAGGUCUCUAAGGCCGCCAGUGAACCCUCGAGCCUUCCUGUGCAUACGUACCGCAUGAAUCUUUCCAUAUUCACCUCGAUUCCUAACUAUUGGGGCACGGGGCACCUGUUCCCCAUAAUGCCCAUUCACCGGCUCGACCAGAGGCCGACCAUGAGAGGGAUGCUGUCGGAUUUAACCUGCGACAGUGAUGGGAAGCUCGCCACCUACAUAGGAGGAGAAUCAAGCUUGCCUUUGCAUGAACUGGAUGGGAACAAGAACGGACAUUACUACUUGGGUCUUUUCCUAGGCGGGGCCUACGAGGAAGCCCAGGGCCAGAUCCACAACUUGUUCGGAGCACCCAAUGUGGUUCGAGUUGAGUCUGAAGCUGACAACCCUGGUGGUUUCAUAAUGACUCGUGCACUACUUGGCCCGAACUGCGGGGACCUCCUUCGGGUCAUGCGUCACGAGCCCAAGGCCAUGGUGGAAGCAUUCAGGCACCGAGCAGAGGAGCUAGGUGCAGUCGGAGGCGACCAAGAUGGGCUGGCAACUGAGGCCUUAGCGGGCGGGCUUGCACACUUUUUCAGCAGCUGGCCCUAUCUCGUGUCGACUUCGACCUAG